AUGACUGCCUAUUUCCACAUCGAGAAUAAGAACGUUGGCAACAAGGAGGAGAGCGAGGACUGGAGAAUUCGAGGCUAUAACCCUCUGACCCCUCCGGAUCUUCUGCAGCACGAAAUUCCCCAGACCGCAAAAUCCAAAGCGACUGUUCUCCAAGGGCGCGAUGAAGCCGUCGCAAUCGUCACAGGCACAGAUGAAAACAGACGCCUCCUCGUCGUCAUCGGCCCCUGCUCGAUCCACGACCCCGCCGCCGCUCUUGAGUAUUGCAACAAGCUCCUUACGCUCAAGCACAAGUACAAGGACGACCUCUUGAUUGUUAUGCGCUCCUACCUCGAGAAGCCCCGCACAACGGUUGGCUGGAAAGGACUGAUCAAUGAUCCUGAUAUCGACAACAGCUUCAAGAUCAACAAGGGACUACGGACCAGCAGACAGCUGUUCGCGGAUCUGACGGAGAGGGGAAUGCCACUUGCUAGCGAGAUGCUGGACACGAUUUCGCCACAGUUCUUGGCUGAUUUACUGAGUGUGGGCGCAGUUGGUGCCCGUACUACAGAGUCACAAUUGCAUCGAGAGUUGGCCAGUGGCUUAAGUUUCCCCGUGGGAUUCAAGAAUGGCACGGAUGGAUCGCUGAGCGUCGCCAUUGAUGCCAUUGGAGCGGUGAGACAUCCCCACCACUUCUUAUCGGUCACGAAACCAGGGGUGGUAGCCAUUGUGGGCACGGUGGGCAAUGAGGACUGCUUCGUUAUCCUGAGAGGUGGUACCAAGGGAACAAACUACGAUGCCGAGAGUAUCAAGGAGGCAAAGGCUGCGUUGCAAAAGAGUGGUGUCCGCGAGCGCCUGAUGGUGGAUUGCAGUCACGGGAACUCCCAGAAGAACCACAAGAACCAACCGAAGGUUGCAGCAGUCCUGGCCGAGCAAAUCGCCAACGGAGAGGAUGCGAUCAUGGGGGUCAUGAUUGAGAGCAAUAUCAACGAGGGAAACCAAAAGGUACCAAAGGAGGGCAAGGCCGGUCUCAAGUACGGCGUCAGUAUCACAGAUGCCUGUAUCGGCUGGGAGGACACCGAAGCCGUCCUGGAGACACUGGCCAAGGCCGUUGCCCAGCGCCGCGAGCUACUAGGCAAGAAAAGCAGCAACAGCGCCUAA